GGUUUUAUUAUACUUAGCAACCCCCAACAUGUUUGAAUUUCCCGCGAGGCGCAGCUCUCACGUGAGGAGUUGGAAAGAUUUGAUUGGUUCAUCUGAUGAACGAGUUAAAAGGACCAAACAAAGCUGGGGAGUUUACUCUUUCCCCAUUGGCUGAGAAUGAGCGCCAAGAAUCGAAUAUAAAAAGCGUAUCUGGCAUUCGUACUUCGUUUUUUCUUCGCUUCAGCUGGACUGUAGAUCUUCCAGCUCUUAGUUUUGCUUUUAUUUAUUUCUAGUUAACUUUAUUUUAGAAGUUUUUUAUAACCUUUAACUUAUCCUCGUUUUGUUUUAUCAAACACUCUAAGCUUUACAAUGACGUCUACUCGCUCUCCCCUGAAAACCAAGAAUGAAAACACAAUCUCUACUAAAAUGAAUAACAUGUCCUUCGUGGACAAAGAAAACACGCCACCCAGUCUGAGCUCCACCAAAAUCCUGGCGUCCAAAACGGCGCGCAAAAUCUUUGAUGACUCGGAGGGGCAGUCGAAGGCAAAGAAAGGAGCAGUGGAGGAGGAGCCUCUUCUGAAGGACAACCCCAAUCGCUUUGUCAUUUUCCCAAUUCAGUAUCAUGACAUCUGGCAGAUGUACAAGAAAGCAGAGGCCUCCUUCUGGACUGCUGAGGAGGUUGAUCUAUCCAAAGAUCUUCAACACUGGGAUUCCCUGAAAGACGAGGAGAGAUAUUUCAUCUCCCAUGUCCUGGCUUUCUUUGCUGCAAGUGAUGGCAUUGUCAAUGAAAACUUGGUGGAGCGUUUCACUCAGGAGGUCCAGGUGACUGAAGCCCGCUGUUUCUAUGGCUUCCAGAUAGCAAUGGAAAACAUCCACUCAGAAAUGUACAGCCUGUUGAUUGACACCUACAUUAAAGAUUCUAAAGAGAGGGAAUUUUUGUUCAAUGCCAUUGAGACCAUGCCAUGUGUAAAGAAGAAGGCUGACUGGGCGCUCAACUGGAUUGGUGAUAAAAAUGCUCAAUAUGGCGAGAGAGUGGUGGCCUUUGCUGCAGUGGAGGGAAUCUUCUUCUCUGGGUCUUUUGCUUCUAUUUUCUGGCUAAAGAAGAGGGGCCUCAUGCCUGGACUCACCUUCUCCAAUGAGCUGAUCAGCAGAGAUGAGGGUCUUCAUUGUGACUUUGCCUGCCUCAUGUUCAAACACUUGGUCAACAAACCAUCAGAAGAAACCGUAAAGAAAAUCAUCAUGAAUGCAGUUCAAAUUGAGCAGGAGUUCCUGACUGAUGCUCUUCCAGUAAAGCUCAUUGGCAUGAACUGUGACUUGAUGAAGCAGUACAUUGAGUUUGUGGCUGACCGAUUACUGCUGGAGCUGGGAUUUGACAAGGUCUAUAGAGUGGAGAAUCCUUUUGACUUCAUGGAGAACAUUUCAUUGGAAGGCAAGACCAACUUCUUCGAGAAGCGAGUGGGCGAGUACCAGCGCAUGGGAGUCAUGUCUGGAACUACAGAUAACACUUUCACUCUGGAUGCUGAUUUUUAAAGACUCAAUCUGAGUGUUUCAACAGACACUUACAAAACUAUGGACUUCUUGGACACUUGCUGUAUAGUUUACAUGUUUUUGUUUUAAUGAGAUUUGGUAUUGAGCUUUUAUUUUUGUUUUAAAUAAUAAAAA